AUGGGAGCGGCAGCUUGUGGAAAGACAUCAUUUCUUAACCAGUACCUUCAACAGAUCUUCCAGCACACAUAUUUUGUAACCGUCGGAGAAAUCCACACCACGCCAGUGGAAGUAGAAGGGAAGCCAGUUGAUCUAGACAUCUGGGACACUCCGGGUGGACUCUACUUUGAAGCAUUAAGAAUGAGAGCUAUUCAGAAUUGCGAUGCAUUUCUCUUGGUGUACGCCAUGGAUGACAUUGAGUCCUUUGAGAAAGCCAUUGCACUGCAAGAAGACAUCAUGGAAAUGAGAGGACCAGUUACAACGGUCUUCAUUGGAACCAAGGCUGACCUCAAGUCCAGCCAAUGGUUGGAACAACAACACCAAUUUUCUGAUUUCGUGAGUGAAAGGAUUGGCUGCGCCCAUCAUGAGGUCUCGGCUAAAACUGGAAGUGGUAUCUCUGAAGUGUUUGUUGACAUUUUUAAACAAUGGCAGAAAGGACAAAAGAAACCAAGAAAGUCAAAGAUACCAAAAUGGCUGAAGAAUGUGUCAAUCGAUCGGACCCUCAAAUCUAGUAAAGGCAGAGGUAGAGAUCAUCUUUUAGAGGAAUUGACAGAACUUUACGUCAUGCUAGAACUCAAAGAUUAA